GCUUGUCGGCUGGGCUGGGCUGGGCUGCGCUGGGGGUGCUGCGGGCCGUGCCCGGACCGCUGGGUGGGUUGUGCUGUGCCCUGGGGAGGGGAGGCCCGGGGCAGGGCGCGGCAGGGCGGGCACCCCGCCCCCUGCCCGGGGGUGGGCGCGGGUGGCUUCCCGGCGCCUCUGCUGUGCUUCGGGGGCAGGAGCCGCGGCGAGGGAGGCUGAGCCGAGCCCGCCCCGCUGGACGCGGCCCGGCGGCCGAGGAGGAGGCGGCGAGGGGACGGGGACAUGGCGGAGACCGGCUCCGUGCACGCCACCAGGUUCGAGGCGGCCGUCAAGGUGAUCCAGAGCUUGCCCAAAAAUGGUUCAUUCCAGCCAACGAAUGAAAUGAUGCUCAAGUUCUAUAGCUUUUAUAAGCAAGCAACCCAAGGACCCUGUAACAUUCCACGACCUGGAUUUUGGGAUCCAAUUGGUAGAUACAAAUGGGAUGCCUGGAGUGCCUUAGGAGACAUGUCCAAAGAAGAAGCCAUGAUAGCCUAUGUUGAUGAAAUGAAAAAGAUUCUUGAGAGUAUGCCAAUGACGGACAAAGUUGAAGAACUACUGCACGUAAUAGGCCCAUUCUAUGAGAUAGUAGAAGACAAAAAGAACAGAGGAUCUGACCUAACCUCAGACCUUAGUAGUGUCAUGAAUUCCACUCCAAAUAUAAAGGCUGUGAAUGGAAAAGCUGAAAGUAGUGAUAGCGGAGCAGAAUCAGAAGAAGAAGGGCUUCGUGAAGAGGAAGAAGGAGAACUGCAGCUAAAUGGAAAGGACUAUAAGAAUGUGAAACCAGAAUCAGCAGCUGCUAAGGAUUUGGAAAGUAUUGUGACUAAUGGUUGUUGCAAGGACAGCUUUGUCCCAGAUCUGCAGAAUGGCACCCAGACCAAAUCUGCCCUGAAUGGCUUGAAUCCAGAGGAAGAAAGAAAGAAAGCCGAGCCAAGCCUAGAAAUAGCUAUUAAUGGUUCUCACCAAGGUGCAAAUGAAGAGAAUACUGAAGAGGUCUCAGCAACUCAGCACUUAACCAGUGAUUCAGACAGUGAAGUUUACUGUGACUCUAUGGAGCAACUUGGACUAGAAGAGCCCUUGGAGAUCAUCACAUCAGCUAAAGGAUCUUUAAAGCAUUCAUCCCAUUCCUUGGAUGUAGAUCACAGUCUUUUGUUAGAAAAUAUGGAUUUUCCAAGGCACUCUCGCAUGACUUACGAGCAACUCGAACCUGGAAAUACUGUAGAGGGAGCAGCUCAAGAACAAGGUGAAGUCAAGUGUGGAGGAGAAGAUGGCAAAGCCACUAAUGGAGGCCCUCACAAGGAGAAGAAAGGUGGAGAAAAAGCAGAUUUCUACAGUGUCAGAAGAGGGAGAGGGCACAGACUUCAGCCUCUAGGAGAUGGUUCACAAGGUGGACAGAUGGGUAGUGGAGGGGACGGAGAGCGCUGGGGCUCAGACAGAGGACCCAGGGGCAGCCUCAAUGAGCAGAUCGCAGUGGUGCUGAUGCGGCUGCAGGAAGACAUGCAGAAUGUCCUUCAGAGGCUGCACAUGCUGGAGGCAGUCACAGCAUCACAGGCAAGAUCUGCAACACUACAGUCAAAUUAUCAGCCUGCCUCCUCUGUUAAGAAACCAUCAUGGUGGCCCUUUGAAAUUUCUCCUGGUAUUUUAGCUUUUGCUAUUGUAUGGCCAUUUAUUGCCCAGUGGUUGGUACAUGUGUAUCUUCAAAGAAAGCGAAGAAAACUGAACUGAGAAUUCAUUACUUUGCUUAAGGACUGCUAGAAGAUGGCCCUGGAAAGCGAAGGAAUUCUGAAUUCUCAUAGAAUCUCAGGAUCUGGGAUGAUGUUCCUUCUGUUAUAGUAAUAUUUUGUACUACCUUUGAGCUAAACAUAUAAGGACUAACAUUGAAACUUGAAUGAUUCACAGCUCCUAGGUUAUAAAUAAAAUUAAUUUAAUAAUUCCAUCCUCAAAACCAUAUAAACAUUAAUUACUUUGGAAUGUGCUUGUGGAUGGGGCUUCAGUAAUUACUGGUCUUGCUGAUGUCAGAUGAUGAAGAGAAUAUCAUAUUUAUAAAAGAAUAAGUGAAAAACAUAAAACUCACUUUAAUAUAGAAGUUAUUCUACAAUCAUAACAUCCCUGCCUGUUUUUCCACAGGGUUACAUAUUAUCAGAUGAGAGCAGUAAUAAGGUACAAGUUCAAUAAGCUGUUGGAAAAACACAAUAUAGCUCUGAAGAAUUGAACCAGUUAUAUUUGCUGCUAAACCAGCGUGGGGCAAAUUGGUCAGAAAUUAUUUUUAAAUGCUUCACUUCAAAGAUUGUAAGAGAUUUGGGAAUUGAUACAUGGCUUGCAAGUUAGAGCCAUCAAUAACAGAGUGACUGUUAAAAGUUUGCAAAGCGUGUGUGGUACAAGGGAUCCAUCUAAAGAGGCUGCACCUUAUUAUUUUAUCUUUGAUAACUGUAUUCUUGUUGACAACAGCUUGUUAACUGAAAUAUAGUUUAGGCACAAAGUGCUUUAAAAUGAGAUGAAAGCUCAUUAGUGCUGUAAGUAUUUCUCUAAUAUUUUAAAAAGCUCAGUGUACUGUAAAUUUUCUGUUGUCAGUUUAUGUAAAUUAAAAUAAGAUUUAAUCUAGCCCUUAUCUAUUGUGGACUUUUCCCAACUCACAUUAGGUAGGAAAAAUAUCAGUUCUAGUGUUUCUCUCUGUUAUCCUUCUACUUCCUUUCAAAACAAAACUUUACAGCUAAUUUUGGUGCUGAAUUUUUUUCCCCAUGGAGUAUUUAUUAACCAGGAUACACAGAGUUACAACCUUGUGAAGUUUGCUUGAUUAAAGCAUGCUUUACACUUAAUUUUAAAAUAAAUUAAUAUGUAAGUUGUCUAAAUCUCUGGAAAAGGAGAAUGUACUAAAAUCAGUUUUCUGACAAAUGUGAAGACAUUCAUUUGUUCUAAAGAAUUACAUAACAUAACCUGCCUUCAAGGUCAGAAUUUUUGCCGUAUUAUUGAUGUGCUUUCAUUUUCCACCUGGACAUAUUACAAAUAAUUCAGGAAAAUUGUAUUUUGCCUCUCCUGAAAAUCUUAGUUUGGAAAACAUUUUUCUUACAAGCUAUACUGUAAAAAAAAAAACAAAACACCUCACAAAAUGUAAUGUUUUUGUUACCAGAGCAAUUUUAAUGUUUUUAUUUAAGUGUGGGCUUUUAGAGUUACUUUUCCCCCUCUUCUUAUUUUCUUAUUGUAAAGCUGAAUUAAAAAUGAUCAGAAAUUUCUGAAGACUCCUGUAACAGUCAGUUAGUUUCAUAUGCCAGAGAUGAGCUUUGGCAUGAGACUUACUGAAAACUCAGGCUUGAACAAAGCUUAGGUUGGAAGGGAAGUUCUGCUGUGGCCUGAAGGCCAUUGUGUCUGUCGCUUAAAGUUCCUGGAGUGAUUGACUUAUCAUAAAAUGGUAAAAAUUACUUUAUAGGAAGGAUGCUCUAGCUUGAAGGUCACUUUAAAAAAACAAACCCCAACAACUUCUGCAUCAGCACAUCUGACAGGACAAAGCACCCUCGAGUGCCUCCCCCAGUUGAAAAUCAUUGUAAAUGUAGGUGUCUACUUUACAGAUACUACAGUCUCAAAGGUACUUAACUUUUAACUUCCCUCUGAAAUAACUGUAGGCAUGUGCCAUCCUUGUUAUUUAUUUAUGUUUCAAUAAAUCAAUCCCUUAAUAUUUUGUA